AUGAAUUUGGAAGGGGUAGGCGACGCGGUUAGAUGCCGGGCAUUCCCCGUAACGCUGGCCGGCCCAGCAAUCCAAUGGUUCAACACACUCCCACAAGGGUCCAUCACAACCUUCGCAGACAUAUCCCAGAAGUUCCUAGCCCGGUUCACGACGCGCAUAGCCAAAGCAAAACACCCAAUCAACUUACUGAGGGUCACCCAAAAACCUGGGGAGCCAACUAGGAGGUUCCUAGAUAGGUUCAACGACGAGUGCUUGGAGAUCGACGGCCUCACGGACUCAGUUGCUAGCCUAUGCCUAACGAACGACCUACUAAAUGAAGACUUUAGGAAGCAUCUCACAACCAAGCUCGUGUGGACCAUGCAGAAAAUUCAAAGCGUCGCCAAGGAAUACAUCAACGAUGAAGAAGUUAGUCAGGUCGUACCAGCCAACAAACGGCAGCUCCCUAGCUUGUCAGCUCGACAGGCCAUCAGAGAAGGAAAGCUGAGCGAAUUCUCCCGGCUCAUCAGGGAGCCGAGGAGGCGGGAAAGGGAACGCUCCGAGGAAGGUCGGAGCCGAACUGUCAAGCCAAGGCAAGAACCCUCAGGGGAUGCCGGCAACCCCUCAACUUUCGUGGUUAACAUUGUGGUCGGACGAGACAGCCCCCCAAAUCCAAGUCAGCAGUAA